UAAUCUUACGGUCUACAUUCACCUUCUAGAACCUUCGCUCCCUUCAAAUAGGACUUAAAAUCAUUUUCAUUUCAUUCCAGUGCUUGUGGUCUGCUCGUGCCGUUCUAUUUCUCUCUCUAGGGUUUAACAUUUUGCUUCUUCAGUUACUAUGGGUAAGUGCUAUCCUACCGUGAGCGAGGAGUACCUCAAGGCUGUUGACCAAUGUAAAAGGAAACUCAGAGGACUCAUUGCUGAGAAGAAUUGUGCUCCUAUUAUGCUCCGUCUUGCAUGGCACUCUGCUGGUACGUAUGAUGUGUGUUCCAAAACUGGAGGUCCUUUCGGUACCAUGAGGUUCAAAGCUGAACAAGGACAUGGAGCAAACAAUGGUCUUGACAUUGCUCUGAGACUCUUGGAGCCCAUUAGGGAGCAGUUUCCUAUCCUCUCCCAUGCUGAUUUCUACCAAUUGGCUGGUGUCGUUGCUGUUGAAGUUACUGGAGGACCUGAUGUUCCCUUUCACCCUGGUAGAGAGGACAAGCCAGAACCACCUGUUGAAGGUCGCUUGCCUGAUGCCACCAAGGGCUGUGACCACUUGAGGGAUGUGUUCGUGAAACAAAUGGGCCUUUCUGACAAGGAUAUUGUUGCGCUCUCUGGUGCCCAUACCUUGGGAAGGUGCCACAAGGAGCGAUCUGGUUUUGAGGGACCUUGGACUGCCAAUCCCCUCGUCUUUGACAACUCAUACUUUAAGGAACUUUUGAGUGGUGAAAAGGAAGGGCUUCUACAGUUGCCAUCAGACAAGGCUCUACUCUGUGAUCCUGCUUUCCGUCCCCUUGUUGAGAAAUAUGCUGCGGAUGAAGAUGCCUUCUUUGCUGACUAUGCUGAGGCUCACUUGAAGCUCUGUGAAUUGGGGUUUGCUGAAGCUUAAGAUGGUGAUUCUGAAGGGUGGGAGUGGUGGCAUGUUUUUGUUUAUGUUUCACUUUUGAAAAGCUAGCUGGAGUUGUUGGAUUUUGUCUUCUUUUGCUGCUAUUACAUCAUGAUAUAAAUUUGGCAGCUAUAUUAGACGAUUAUAUUGUCACUCUCUUCCAGCUUAAUAAGUUUUCUAUUUCCUUUUUGAUAA